AUGCGCAGGCAUUGUUUGCCCAAGGUUUCGGGCUCAACCUUUGAGCGUAUUGCUUGCCAAUCGAGCAACCUGUGCCUCAACGGGGUGUGCUCGAACGUCGGGUCUGCUUCUGGCUAUUGCGCCACAACCACCGCGGCGACCACCGCUGCGACCACGAUCUCCACCGCGCCAUCAUCAGGCGGAGACGAUUGCAGCCCACUCUCAGGCUGCAAUUGCGCUUCUUGCAGCGCCGGUGAAGCAUGCUGGCGGGCAAAGUGCGCAUCAAACGGCUAUGUGUUGGACCCCGUCAGCAGCAGCUGUGUGGGCACCGGUGCCUCUGAGAUCUACAACGGGGCGUGUGGCGGCAUCAUCGUGCAAACAAGUUCCGGGGUCGCGAGCGUGCUGGCUCUCCCAGCUAUGCUUGCGCCGCUCGCAGCUUGCCUCUGA